GUGUGUGAUGCGAGCGACUUUCCAGCAUUUGUUCGGAAGGUGAGCUCGCACUCACCUGUCGGGAACUUUGACGUCGACUUCGACUUUUUCUCCAUCUUGGUUGAUCCAACAUGGCGGAGACGCUUUUACACAACAACCCCAAGGACGCGCGAAAAGACGGAAACCAUUUCAGAAAGGGUUGCAGCCCGCUGGCCCAGACGGGCCGCAGCAAACUGCAGAACAAGCGGGCCAGUCUGAACCAGCAGAUCAUCAAGCAGAUGAGGAUGCGGGCCGGCGCCGAGAACCUGCUCAGGGCCAGCUCCAACAACAAGGUGAAAGAGAUGGUGCUGCUGGAGCUGAGCUACGUCAACUCCAACCUGCAGCUGCUGAUGGGCCAGCUGGAAGGACUGAACAGCUCGGUGGAAGUCUACCAGAGCAGCCAGGAAACCAACAUUCCGCUCAUCGCCCUGGGUCUGAAGGAGACCAAAGAGGUCGACUUUUCGACGCCUUUCAAGGAUUACAUCGCUCUGCAUUACAACCAAGAUGGCGACAGCUUCGAGAACGAGAUCGCCGACCUGAUGGACCUGCGGCAGGCCUGCAGGACGCCGAGUCGCACGGAGGUGGGGGUGGAGCUUCUGGCCAAGUACUUCAACCAUCUUCCUCUCAUCGAGACUCGCUUCUUCUCGCCCACGCAUCACAGCGGCCUCUUCUUCACCUGGUACGACUCCUUCACAGGUGUUCCCGUGUGCCAACAAAACCUGUCCCUGGAAAAGGCCAGCAUCCUCUUCAACAUGGCCGCCCUCUACUCCCAAAUGGGGACCCGGAGCGACCGGCAGACCUGGCUGGGCCUGAAGGAGGCCAUCUCCGCCUUCCAGACGUCCGCAGGCAUCCUGAACCACCUGAAGGAGACCUUCACGCACACGCCCAGCUACGACAUGAGCCCCGCCAUGCUGGCCAUGCUGGUCCGCAUCAUGCUGGCUCAGGCCCAGGAGUGUCUCUUCGAGCAGCUGGCUCUGCCCGGCGUCCGCAACGAGGUCCCCACGCUGCUCAGGAUGGCCCAGGAGGCCUCCAAGGUGUCGGAGACCUACGACCACGUCCACCAGUCCAUGAUCCAGACGCCGGUCAAAGACAACGUGCCCUUCUUCUGGUCCACCAUGUCUCAAGUCAAGACCAACCACUACCGAUCCAUGGCGCACUACUUUGUGGCCUCGGCCCUCCUGGACCACCACGUGGGUCCCGGCGAUGACGAAGACCAGCAGGAGAAGACCUUGUCUCAGGUCUACGACCACCUCCCCGAGGGCCGCUCCCCUCUGGACAUCCUGCAGAGGAGGGCGGAGCGCGAGCGUGUCGGCCGAGCCCACAUCGGGCGCGCCAUCGCGGGCCACGAGGAGGCCCUGAGGAUCUACUGCCUGUGCCACCAUCUCAACAAGCUGGAGGUCCUGCAGGACAUCCUGAGGGCCAGUCACCAGCGCUCGCUGCACAAGUCCAGCGAACACCAGAGCGGGGAGGAGUUCAGCGACUACUUGACGGCGCCCGACAUCAUCGCUAAAACGGAGCACCAAGCAGAAAUGGAGGUUCCGGCGGUCCUAAAGGUGAAAGUCAGCGACUUUUUCCAGCGGCUGGGGCCGCUGGCGGUCUUCUCCGCCAAGCAGCGCUGGACGCCACCUCGGACGCUGCGCCUCCGCGCCGAGGACCGGGACCUGGGCUUCACGCUGAAGGGGGACUCCCCGGUCCAGGUGGUGUCCUUGGACCCCCUGUGCCCUGCUGCCGCUGACGGUCUGAAGGAGGGCGACUACAUCGUGGCUGUGGGCGACACCCCGUGCAAGUGGAUGAGCGUGGGCGAGGUCAUGCGGCUGCUGAAGGACGCGGACGAGCAGGGCGUGGACGUCCAGGUGGUCAGCGUGCUGGACAGCAACCCCACCAUGCCUGCCAAGAGCGCCACCUUCUGCGGGAACCUGCCCAAGACCUACUCCAUGAUCUGCCUGGCCUACAACGAGGACAAGAGCCCCAAGUCCCGCAAGGUGAGCAAGAAGUCCUCCUUCCUCAGCUGGGGCCUGAAGAACCGCAUGAAGAGCGCCAGCACCGCCAGUCUGCCCACGGCCCAGCAGUCCUGGAACAAGCCCUGCCAGACCUUCCCCAGCUCCUAUAAGGACAGCAGCGCCCUCUACUGAGCAGGAGGUCCACCUUCCAACAUGGCGCCCUCGCUUCAGUCAGAAACUGGACUGACUGCAGUACUCACCAGUACCACUGAAAUGAAGUACACUUCUCGAAUGCAGUACUCACCGGUACCACCCUCAAUGAAGUACACUUCUCACCAGUACCACCUUAAAUGAAGUACACUUCAGUACCACCUUAAAAGAAGUACACUUCUCAUUAGUACCACCUUAAAUGAAGUACACUUCUCACCAGUACCAUCUUAAGAGAAGUACACUUCUCAUUAGUACCACCUUAAAUGAAGUACACUUCUCACCAGUACCAUCUUAAGAGAAGUAGACUUAUCACCAGUACCACCUUAAAUGAAGUACACUUCUCUCAGGUACCACCUUACAUGAAGUACACUUCUCACCAGUAUCACCUUAUUUUAAGUAUAUUUCUCACCAGUACCGCCUAAAUGAAGUACACUUCAGUAUCACCUUAGAAAAAGUACACUUCUCACCAGUACCACCUUAAAUGAAAUACACUUCUCACCAGUACUAACUUAAAUGAAGUACACUACUCAUCAGUACCACCUUAAAUGAAGUACUCUUCUCACUAGUACCACCUUAAAUUAAGUACACUUCUCACCAGUACCACCUAAAUGAAGUACACUUCUCGACUGCAGUACUCACCAGUACGACCUUAAAUGAAGUACACUUCUCACCAGUACCAUCUUAAAAGAACUACACUUCUUGACUGCAGUACUCACCAGUACCACCUUAAAUGAAGUACACUUCUCUCAGGUACCACCUUAUAUGAAGUACACUUCUCACCAGUAUCACCUUAUAUUAAGUAUAUUUCUCACCAGUACCGCCCAAAUGAAGUACACUUCAGUUUCACCUUGGAAAAAGUACACUUCUCAUCAGUACCAGCUUAAAAGAAGUACACUUCUCACCAGUAUCACCUUAUAUUAAGUAUAUUUCUCACCAGUACCGCCCAAACGAAGUACACUUCAGUUUCACCUUAGAAAAAGUACACUUCUCAUCAGUACCACCUUAUAUGAAGUACACUUCUCACCAGUAUCACCUUAUAUUAAGUAUAUUUCUCACCAGUACCGCCCAAAUGAAGUACACUUCAGUUUCACCUUAGAAAAAGUACACUUCUCAUCAGUACCAGCUUAAAAGAAGUACACUUCUCACCAGUACCUCCUUAAAUGAAGUACUCUUCUCACCAGUACCACCUUAAAUAGAAUACACUUCUCACCAGUACUAACUUAAAUGAAGUACACUACUCAUCAGUACCACCUUAAAAGAAGUAAACUUCUCACCAGUACCACCUUAAAUGAAGUACUCUUCUCACCAGUACCACCUUAAAUGAAGUACACUUCUCACCAGUACCACCGUAAAUGCAAUACACUUCUUACCAGUACUAACUUAAAUGAAGUACACUACUCAUCAGUACCACCUUAAAUGAAGUACACUACCUUAAGUGAAGUACACUACUCAUCAGUACCACCUUAAAUGAAGUACACUACCUUAAAUGAAGUACACUACUCAUCAGUACCACCUUAAAAGAAGUAAACUUCUCACCAGUACCACCUUAAAUGAAGUACACUACUCAUCAGUGCCACCUUAAAUGAAGUACACUACUCAUUAGUAACACCUUAAAUGAAGUACACUACCUUAAAUGAAGUACUCUUCUCACCAGUACUAACUUAAAUGAAGUACACUACUCAUCAGUGCCACCUUAAAUGAAGUACACUACUCAUUAGUACCACCUUAAAUGAAGUACACUACCUUAAAUGAAGUACACUACUCAUCAGUACAACCUUAAAUGAAGUACACUACUUUAAAUGAAGUACACUACUCAUCAGUACCACCUUAAAUGAAGUACACUACUCAUCAGUACCACCUUAAAUGAAGUACACUACUCAUUAGUACCACCUUAAAUGAAGUACACUACCUUAAAUGAAGUACACUACUCAUUAGUACACUACCUUAAAUGAAGUACACUACUCAUUAGUACCACCUUAAAUGAAAUACACUACUCAUUAGUACCACCUUAAAUGAAGUACACUACCUUAAAUGAAGUACACUACUCAUUAGUACCACCUUAAAUGAAGUACACUACCUUAAAUGAAGUACACUACUCAUUAGUACCACCUUAAAUGAAGUACACUACUCAUUAGUACCACCUUAAAUGAAGUACACUACCUUAAAUGAAGUACACUACUCAUUAGUACCACCUUAAAUGAAGUACACUACUCAUUAGUACCACCUUAAAUGAAGUACACUACUCAUUAGUACCACCUUAAAUGAAGUACACUACCUUAAAUGAAGUACACUACUCAUUAGUACCACCUUAAAUGAAGUACACUACUCAUUAGUACCACCUUAAAUGAAGUACACUACCUUAAAUGAAGUACACUACUCAUUAGUACCACCUUAAAAGAAGUAAACUUCUCACCAGUACCACCUUAAAUGAAGUACACUUCUCACCAGUACCACCUUAAAUGAAGUACACUACCUUAAAUGAAGUACACUACUCAUUAGUACCACCUUAAAAGAAGUAAACUUCUCACCAGUACCACCUUAAAUGAAGUACACUUCUCACCAGUACCACCUUAAAUGAAAUACACUACCUUAAAUGAAGUACACUACUCAUUAGUACCACCUUAAAAGAAGUAAACUUCUCACCAGUACCACCUUAAAUGAAGUACACUUCUCACCAGUACCGCCUUAAAUGAAGUACACUUCAGUAAUACUUCAAAAGAAGUACACUUUUCGUUUUGGGGGCAAAUAUGAUGACGCAAUUGUUUUAUAAGCUGCUAAAAAGUUGUUGUUUGUCGACGUCUUUAAUGUGAGAGCAUUUACAAAAGGUGCCUGCAGUACCGCUCACUUCCUCAGUGGGUCGCUGUUGAGCUGCAAAAGAAGCCACCUCCAAGUGAGCGGCAGGAAGCGGACCAGGGAACCGCUUCUGACGUCACCUCAAAGCAGCGCUUUCCCGCCUUUUUCCACUACACAGGGGGCCGGGGACCCCACUCAAACAUUAACACUGAAUUAGUCAUCUUAGUCUUGGUUUUAGUUGCUUCCAAUAACCAUAUCUAAACAGUUCAGCUGGAACAACUUACAAAAAUGGAAUCCUAAAAUAAAAUAAAAAGUGAAUAUAAUCAAUUAUACUGCAGAAGAAGGGACUCGUCAAAAUUGAUGAAAUGUACACACAAAUGAAGUAAUUAAUAAUAAUGUAUAUAUUUAUGUGUAUUUUUUAAAUUUGAAGUGCAAAUGUAAAUAAGGUGUCACCGCUCGAGUCAUCGUUUUUGCGCUUUAGAAACUUCUCUGUGACUUCUUAUUGUUUGUUUGUCAUUACUGCCACAAGUGGUGGGAAAGUGUAUUACAACCGAGUCCCAGACCACAGCUGAGAGACAGAAUUUUUGGGGGGGCCCUCUUGGGGGCCCAAAGAGGGUUAGGAAACAUCGACUUAUAGCAGGGGUGUCCAAAGUGUGGCCCUCAGCACAUCAUUCUAAAAAUACUAAAAUAUAUAUGUAUUUUUUAAACAUUAAAAAGUGGAAUAAAAGAGCAAAUAUGUGAAAUGAAACAAGAAAAAGUUGCAUUGUUGACUCUUAAUAACAUCAUUUUUUAAAUAAUUUCUCGAAAAAUAAUAAUGAAUUAAAAUCAAUGUUGCUAUAAAUUAUUGAUUGAUUUAAGGACAAAAAGGACAUAAAUACAACAAACAUGAAAACGGUGAAAAUAAUGAAAAUUUGAAAAAAAAAAUCCAUACUAAUUAUAUACUAAUACUAAUUAUACUAAUUAUCCUGUUGAUUAUUAUUAUAAAUAUAGUAAACCAAUUGAAAUAUGUUAUCUGAAGCUGAUAUAGAGAUUUAAGUGUUGAAUGAAAAAUGAAAAAAAAACGAGUGACGCACUUUUGAAUCCCUAAGGAUUUUAGUGGAAUUUAAUAACUGUCUUUGCUAAAAAUAAAAAUAAUAAAUUCUAAUACGUUUUGCUAUGAAUUAUUGACCUAUUUAGGGAUCCAGUUACUUCACAUUAAAUAUUUCACUUUGAAAAUCUUUUUGGGAAAAAUAUUUUGUAUUUUACCUAAAAAAAAAUUGGCUUUUGACAGCAAAAAGCUUGUAAAAAGUAAAACAAAUAAUAAAGUAGAAUUAGCGAUUCAAGGGUAUUAUGAAAAAAAAUAAAUAUAUAUAUAUAUAUAUAUAUAUAUAUAUAUAUAUAUAUAUAUAUAUAUAUAUAUAUAUAUAUAUAUAUGACUUAUUUUGAACCUUGUUUAAGACUGAAACCCUUAUGGGUCCUUAAGACCUAACUUGAGGGAGCCCCAAUUAUUUAAAAAAAAAAAAAAAAGUGUUGGUGUUGAAAAUGAAAAAAUAUCAACUUGCUUUGAUUUUUCAGUGCGCGGCCUUUAGUGGAAAAAGUUUGGACACCCCUGAUUUAUAGCAUCCAAGUGGAACAACACCAUCAUUCCUUAACCAAAAAUUGAACUAUUUGGAGUAUUUUACGGCAAUAAUCAUUUCUUUUCCGACUUCCCUGUUUUUCCUCGAUGGACGUGGGGCGUUUUUUUGACUUCCCCGUUAUGAGUGAAGUCAGAGCAGCGAGCUGUGGUGUCGCCAACACAAUUAUCUAACGCCACUAAGAAUGUUUGAUUCAAAGUUUGUGGCGAUGCCAAAGCCGUGGGCGCAUUCUAAUUAAUCGCCAAAACUCGCCAUCCAGUGAGACGUCCUUGCUUUUCGCAGUAUGCUGCCCCCUUGUGGUUUUAAAUGGUCAAACAUGCCUUUUUUUUUUUUGUACUAAAACUGCCAUAUAGGAUGUUUGCCUGCUAUACACCAGUCAUGCCAUAAUUGACAUAUUUCUCGUUAAACGAUUAUUUCCUCGCCGCAGUGGCAAUAAUUGCCGCCGAAUGUUUGACUUACUGACACCUGCCAGUGUUAGUUAUCUCGCUUAUCUACAAAGUAGAUUCUUAUACACAUUUGAUAAUCAAAUUAUUUAUGUGACAAAAAGCAUUAUAAAUAUAUGUAUAUAUAUAUAUGUUUUUGUUAGAUUGUAGUCGUUUGUGAAUGGAAAGGUUUUUUUUUUUGUACGUUGAAGGAAUUUAUUUGGCCAGUUUACUCCAAUCAAUUGUUGGUCUUUUCUGGUACGUUUUGUCUUUGUUGUGAGGUUCUAGUGACGUGUUUGUCCGCAGUAACAAUGACCACAUCUCUCAUUUGGUGCCAUUUUCCCCAAGAUGUGCAGUCAUGGUGAAAGUGCUAAAUGACUCCCAAUUGUUGAAAUGUUUUUUUUUUUUGUUUUUUUUCCUGGAAAUUGUCGGUGUCUUUGUUUGCUAAUCUCAAUAAAAGAAAGGGGGACAAAA